CUGUCACAUUUUGUUUUCGUUUCAAAAACCUAGAGACACAUUUAUAUAGUAUUUGAAAUAUAUUAACUAUUUAGAAAACUAUUUCGAAUUUCGCUUUUCUUUUGCCAUCGAAGAAGGAUGGUUACUUUAAUGGAACCCAACUGGAAGAAGGAUGUUAGGGAUAAAACUCCAAGCAUGAGACUCGUGGUAUAUAAAUUAUUCAAGAAGAAAAGGCAGGAAGAAUAUAAAAUGUUUACAAGUGCCUACUCCGACUAUUUGAAUACUUUUAUCAAGCCAAAGGAUUUGCGAUAUUUGCCAGUCGGAAAGAUAAGGCAUCGCCUGGUCCCACUAAGGACCCAGGUGGGUGAGGUGGUCCUCUCGCCUUCCAAGUUCAAGCUGAGCCUAAAAGGUCCCGAAAGUAAAAACUUUCAUUUGAAUGAAAUUUACUCUAUUGCCAAUGAUCCCUUGACCCUGGCUCUGGGGGAGCGCAAGAAUCAGAAUGCCACAAAAAUUAUAUCGACCAUUGUUUUCAUUAGCACUCGCGAUUCAAAGGGCUUCAAUGUGUCUGGCUACAUAGAUUUGGAGCAAAGCAUACGCCGGUUCAGGGAAGGCGAUCCCACAUCUCAUUCAUGGUCGAAUAUUUUGGCUGGCAACCGACGACUUCAGCCGAACAGUCAGGAUCUAAGUUUUAUCGCCUGGAAGAAUGGCAGGGUCUUCUACAACGAUACCGAUAACUAUAAGGUAAUCCCGGACCCUGUGCGGGGCCUGUGUUUCUCGUUCAAAGGCGAUGGAGCAAUGAUCUAUAUUGAAAAAAAAAUCACCGAGGAUCAUCCAUCAUGCCUUUUUAUAGAGUCACCAAUGCAUGGGUCAGCUGUCAUCUACGAUCAUCGUAUUCGCCGAAAAUUGUGAUUGAAUUAUAAACUGUAUUCUAGGACAUUUAAAAUUAAAUAUAUACAUUAAUGAAA